AGUUCACAUGAAAGAAAAACAAAGAGAAGAGAUAGCAUGCGGCUCAUCAUCCAUUCCUGUCUCCACAGAAUUAAAACGGCCACUUGAGUUGACUCUCAUUGAUUUGAUUUGGUGAUACAUAUCCUUAUUCGGAAUUAAUUCAUGGACCGCAGGGAUGUGCUGAAGGAUGAUGAGGCCGCAGAGACCAUGUCUGAAGCUGAGAGUCUAGACUCUUCUACUACAAGUCCACCCAAGAAAGAGAAAAUACUGACAGGGAGAGGGGUCACACUGAGUAUGCUCAUGAGUGAUGGGGUAGUUGAGGCUGGCAAAGAUUGUCUCUCCAUUGAAUACCUUGGGAGUAAGUUUACUGCGGACCUGAUGACUGAUGGUAGAAUAUUCUGGAGCAAAGAAAAACAGAUCUUUAACUCGCCAAGUGCUUGGGCAAUUCACAUCAAAUCUAUCCUCAAUCCUGGCAAGAGAUCUGGAUGUGGUUGGGCUUCGGUUAAAUACAAUGGCAAGAAACUUGAUGUUGUCAAGUCACAAUGGUUUAGAAACAUGAAGAUUCCUUACUUGGAUGAUGACAAUGGAUCCAAUGACAACUCGAGCUUGCUGGAAAAUGGUAACCAAUCUCCUGGUCGGCCAGGUGAUAGUGACGUCGAUGAGGAGGUUUCAGAAGACAACAAACCCUGUCCACCGAUGUCAAAGGUCACCAAAAAUCGUAAGAGGAAACUUGGGGAUGAAAAUGAUAAUCAUAGAAUAGAUCUUCAGAGGAUGAAACUUGGCAGCAGCCCUCCUAAUACCAAAGCCAUUCCAUAUUCAUCAUUAGGAAAGAAAAGUGCAAAUAAAGAUCCACAUAAAUUGGUCAGAUGUCUGUCUUUCAAAGAAAUGGGCAAGCUCCAGCCUUUUACAGUCUCCAUCACUACAAACUGUCUUCUUAUUGUUGACUUCCAUUGUCAUCUCACCACUAGUGAGGUCAUAGGUUAUUUAGCUGGAAAGUGGGAUCCAGAAACACAGCAUAUGACCAUUCUGCAGGCUUUCCCUUGCCGUUGUCGACUGGGUGAGAAGCAGAAUGGUGCUAGCGUUGAGAUGGAGAUCCGUCAGUCGAUGAACAGUAGAGGGCUCCAGCUCGUUGGUUGGUAUCACAGUCAUCCAUGUAGCCCCGCCCACCCGUCACUAAGUGAUAUAGAAUGUCAGAUGAACUAUCAACUCAAAUUGAAAGGAGAUGGGAUGUCGUAUCAACCUUGCCUGGCUUUUAUCUGUGCUCCAUAUAACACACACAAGGCCAUUAAAGACUCACAGUUGAAAGCUGUAUGGGUUAUGCCACCCGAAGAGGAGAAAGCCAGUCUGUACGGUAUGCCGAUGGACAUGACUUUCACAAGACAACAGGAUAUAUUCCUCACUCAAGAAGUAUUAGCUGAGAUGAAAUACCUAGUGGAAUAUUAUAAGGACAGUUCUGAUAUGGUGCUUUUGAAUGAAACAUGGUUUGAGACAGACACCUUUCUGGACAAAAUGAAGGGAUCACUCUCCAAGAAGUUUCCCAAGGACAGAUCAGACAAGAGGUUGCUGGAUUUCAUUGACAGCAUUCUCACAUAGCAAAUCUGGACAGGAUACAAUACAAUCUUUCUCUACACAGUCCAAGUCAGUAUAGUGUAUGAAUCAUAAGAGUACUAUUUUUGAUGAAAUGUAUAUUUCAGGUUUGUCAAAGGAAUAUUUGAGAAAAGGGUUGAUAAAGCAAAAGCCAAGGCAUGUUUGGGUCUGGGGGUUCAUAUGUAAGCUUUAAUCCCAUCCUCGAUGUUAUGUCAAGUGUAGAGCUAUCAGACUGAGUUCAUCUGUAGAAGAAUUUGUCAAGUCCUAUCUGCAUGUGAUGUGUAAGACCUUUGACUACUCUCAUGAUUGUAUGUUUCAAGACAAUUGAUAUACCAUCAGAAACAUGCUUGAAUUUUAUUUUCUAUCUCAGCUAUUAAUAAAACAAUAUAAAAUCUGCACUAAAAUAGGGAAUAGGAAUGUUUCAAGAAACAGGCAUUUCCAUAUUUUUUUGUGUGUGGUAUAAUGAGUGCACAAAUAUAAAUCCAUACAAAACAUGCAGCUGAUUUUGCAUGUGAAUAUGUCGUUCUGAUUGAGGAUGAUUACUAAGAGUUUAUUGCAUUGCAAUGAUGUGUAAGGUAGCUGGGUAAGAUAAAUUAAUUACAUGAAAGUUGCUUGGUCUUGAUGAAAGGCAGUGCGGUAGUGUGACUCCUGCAGAGAAGACUGCUUUGGUAGUGGAUCAGCACAUAAAAAUCUAUAAAUUGCUCAACUGCUCUGUUCACGCAUUGAAAUCAUUCCACAUUUGAAACAGACCCACUUAUUUUACAACUGCACCAGGUUUGCCCUCUCCCAAUAUCUUGGUUCCCAACUCCAUGGAUUGACUCAUUGUAUUCAUUAAUUUCAAUGAUAUAAAAAUGGACAAAUCAGGUUGUAUCUUUGUGUUAUGUCCUAAUUAUUAAUUGUCUCCAUAGCUAGACACAUAUUACAGUACAGAAUACUAAUGAAAUGGUGCAAGAUACAUGUAUGAUGAGAGUAGCAGAUUUUAUAAUUUGUAUUGAAAUGAGACUUUGAGAAAAGUCAGAAAGAGAUAUUUGUCUGAAAUACCUAAUGAAGCAGAAAUUAAGAGUAACUUAUGAAGGAUGUAUCAUGGUAGUAAUAUGUAUAUGGUGUAAGAUAUUAUGUAAAUAUGGAGUAUAUUGAAACCAUUCAUCUAUUCUAAUAGUUGUGAAGUGUGUGUCUUUUAGAAAUUGUACUAAUUUUUUGAUGUUUCAUAUCUAAUUGUUGAUUCCAUUCCAAGUUGCCUUUGUAACAAAAGAAUAAAUCUAUUUAUCUUCCUAGAUGCGAUAUUUUCACCACCAUUUCAAGCACUAAGUGCAACAUUUUUAGAGAUCAAAGAUUCAUCUGUAUACAUGUGGGCGCGUCGUGGUCUAGUGGUUCUGACUCUCGCCUUUCAAACAGGGUCGUGGGUUCGAAUCCUGGCCGUGGCGUGUUUUCCUUCAGCAAGAAAUUUAUCCACACUGUGCUGCACUCAACCCAGGUGAGGUAAAUGGGUACCGGCAGGAAAUAAUUCCUCAAAAAGCUGUGUGCACCUGAAUCGGUAGCCUAGCUUAGCCGGGUAAUAAUAAUAGCAGGGCCCGCUGGGAGAACAGUUUUUGGAACUGAAGUGGCUACCCUGGGUAAAUAUACCGUUAUUAUUAUCAUUAUUAUUAUUAUAAUACAUGCAUUGAUUUAAUAUUUAAUUGAGACAUCAAACCAUUUUGCAUGUACGUGUAAUUGUAAAAUCACUGUUUAUCUAGAUGCUCAGGCUACCUGUUGAGGCAAUAUUUCUAACAGUUCUAUUUCAGUAGUAAUACAGUUCACCUGGUUGCUUGAUAUGCAGGAGAGUCUGCCAAAUUCAAUUCUCUUGGAACCACAGCAGUCUGUUUGACUUAGACAAGUGAAAUUUGACUUAGAAGUGGUAAAUAACGUAUGGCACAUUCUGGUCUGAAGAAUUUAUUCCACUCGGGUGAUUACUUGACCUUAUGAAGGUUGACUUGCUGACUCUAUAUUAUUGACAGGCAUAUGAAAUAUGAUAUAUUGUUGAAGAACAUGAGGGUUUUGCAAUGUGUCAGACCACAAAACCACUUCAAACUGCAAAAGUCCUUUUGAAAAAUACAUCAUACAACUCGGAUAUCAUCCCCAUUAUCCUACUUACCAAAGCCUAGGGGAAAGGGUCUUGAAACUUUUUUGGCAUUUUCUAGAGAAAAAAAUAUUACUGAAUAUGAAUAUGGUUUGAUAAUUAUUUACUGGGGAUUUAUUGCCUUAUUUUGGUAUAACAGAAUGGGAUGAUCAAUAGCCCAAUUAUACAGCCCUAGUUGCUUACAAUAAAGUCAAGUAGCAAUUGUAGCUAUGAUUACUCUGCCUUUGUUCAGAUACACCUUACUUCUGUGAAGUACAUGUAAAUUCUAUCUGGAUCCCAACUUACAAAGAGAUGUUAUUGAUCCAAUCAAUUUUGACUGGAAAGUCUGAGAGAUCAUUGUAUUGAAUGAUCAUGUCUAUUCAAGGUUUUCUUCUUUUUUAAACUAAUACAUGUUCUUUUUUUUUUACCAAUUAACCUGUUCAUUUUUGUUCAUAAUGGGAUGGUGUGAUUGUGUGAACACAUUAUGACACAAAUUGUUUUCUAUAGUUGAGAUUGAUUGAGUAGAUCCUUUCCAAUUAACCUUUUGUUUGAAGUCUUCAGUUUCACAUAGAGUUAAGUGUGACUCAAUUGCAUUUGAAUUUCUAAAUGUGUGCAGUUUCAUUGAGCUACAUAAUUAAGCUUUUAGUCAAAAAUCAUCCAUCCAUUAAUCCAUCAUAUAUAAUGAAUGGUACCUGAUCUGGCUAUUUUGUAUUUUGUACUUUUGCAGAAAGCAAUCAUUCUCAGGCCUUUAUAUGCAUCAGAUUAUUAGAACUGAAUAAAUUUGUAGGUAAUGAUCAGUUUCUGUAAUUCAUCUCAUUGUGCAUUUGACUGUAUUCAUUUGCAAUAUCAUAUUGUCAGUACAUUUUUUUCUGUAAUUCACAUAAUUGCGCAUUUGACUAUUUAUUUUCAAUAUCAUAUCAAAGUACAAAAUUAAUAUUUUUCAACCUAACGCAGCAUACCAAUAAGAAGUGUCCUAUUUGAUUGUUUAAUGUGAAAUGGGAAUAUUAGAAGGGAAACAGUUAUGAGUGUGAUCAAAAGUGGCUUUUCAUUUUGGUGUGCUAACUCAAAUAUGGCUCGACAAAAGAGAUUCCAUCUGCUGUAAGACCUUGAGGAAAUUGAGCCGAGUGCUGUGAACCAGAAUCAGAACUAAUAAUGCCAUACAAUUGGGGAAUGUCAUAAAACUGAAUGUUUUAUGUAGUUUACGUUGUACAAUACUCUCAUACAAUAUACAGUACUUCAUGAAUGUAAUGAUAGCUGGACUUAUACCUAGGGUACUUUUUGCCAGAUGAUACCAAGCACAACUAUUAUUACCCCAUAUGUAGCUCUAUCUAUCCCCUUGUCUGUAUGAUCUGCACCCAUUAACAUACAUUUUGUACACAGUUUGCCAUAGAUGUACAACUAUGCUUACUAGUAUUGUACAGUUAAUUGUAGAUUUUAUGUUAAUAUUACAGGGCCUUGAUUACUUGGUGUCUUAACGUUGAGUUUCAAACUUUCUGAUCAAUUCAUUCUACCUUGAAUCUUUAGUGUGUGAUUUAUCCAAACAUUCAUUUGUUUUCUGACUAUGUAUUCAUCAAACUUGAUUGCCAUUCAAAUGUCAGUUUACCUAAAUGCUUUUUUUCAGUGCAUAGGGAUCAAGUUUUUUUUUAUUGAAAAAAGAAUUGUAUCAAAAAUAAACAAAUGAAAAUAAAUUUAACAACCUAGUAUGCAUUGCAUGUUGAGAAAGCUUUCUCGAUAUAAAGAGCAAGCUAUGAUUCAAUAUGUAGGAAAAAUGCCAUGUGAGUGAGUGGGUCAUAAAUAUAUGGCAUGAUGGGUAGAUAUCAUAGAAGGGGGUAACCAUACCUGGUGUAAUUUUCCUUAUGAGGAUUACUUUCUUGGGGUAAUUUGGAGUCCCAAGUUUCCUAAAAUGUAAAUUCUUUUUUUUUUUUCAAUGUUCUUUCUUACCCUCAAAGUUUGUGGCCUUCGGUGAUAUGUACGAAAAAUUUAUAUAGUAAAGCAAUGGUAAUCAGUGAAAAUCUAAAAAAAGUUGUUUCCAUCAUAUAUAAGCUAUCGUCCUUGCAGUUGUUGUCCUUGAGGGAUUACUGUGAUUUUCGUUUUGAUCAUUUGAAGGGGGACGUUGUAAUUGUUUAGGACAGUUUUCUUAUUUUUCCAAUGGGUGAUUUUGUCAUUUGGUAAAUUUUCCUUACAUUUACAUUACCUCACACCCACUCUCAUUGUCUGAACAAGUACUAGUAAACUAUGUAAUUCUGGUUCAUACUUUAAUUUUCACAAGGAACCGGGCUACUUUGAAGCUUUUCAGCCAUGAUUUAAUGUGUAUUCAUGAUUGUGAACAGUAUUUACCUUCCAUAUUCAAGAACCGAUGUCAUAACCCAAGUAGAAAUGAUUGUAUGAUUACUAGCAAAUUUCAUAUUCUACACCAGCAUGUUUAAAAGUAAUAUCACACUGUUUCUUUUUAUUCAUGAAAGUAUAUUUCUCCCGAUCAUGGUUAUGCCAAAGAUUUUCUGUUAAAGUUCCAUGUCGGAAGAAUAAAGAUAAAUGAAUUUGUCGUGAGUAAUGAAGAUAUCAUUACAACUAUGAAACAAGGUUAAGUCUGUAAACAUCUAAUAGUAAUAUGCUUUCAAUUUGUGAAAAGUGAUGUGUCUUGUUGACUAAAAAUAUAUUUUUCUUUCUGUCAUUCCGUUUUCUUAUGGAUUGAUCUCUUUUUUUUUCAGAGUGAUUUUGUAAACUUCUCAAGUUGUGUAAUUUGUAUAUUUUGUAUGAAUAUUAAUGCAUUCCAUUGAAAUUACUGUCAAACAGUACUAAAUUUUGAAUUUUGUGUGUUUCUAUGCAAAGGAUGUUUAAAAAAUAAAGAUGUCAAACUUCUA